AAUUUUAUAAGAAAAUUUUUGUUCUAUGCAAAUACUUUUGUUUGGCGCUGUAGGCAUGUAUCCUAUAUACCAUAUAAGUAUUGAAUGGUUUUUUUUUUAACAUCCUGUAUAUGUACAUUAAAAAUCCAAACAAAAAAAUAGACAGAUAAUUUGUAACAUAAUUCACAACAUAUUGAGAACAAAAUAGUUAUUUCAUUAAUACAUUAAUUAUGUCAUUUAUUUUGUUAAUUAAUCAUGGUUAACAAAAAAUUUGUUUAUCUUCCAUAUGAAAUUAGUCCGCUAAUAAAGUUUGCUAGAUGGACGUUUUUAAUUGUUGGAAUUGUUUAUGGAUUUAAUAAACAUAAAAAAUAUCACGCUUUGGAAAGUGCACUGCGUGAAGAAGAAGAAAGAAUAAAACCUAUUAGAGAAGCCCAACUUGCACGUGAAAAAGCGAUUCGCACUGAAAUUGAAUUACAAGAAUUGGAGAAGUUAUUUCUUAAUUCUUCUUUUGUCAAAGAAAGUAAAAAAAAUCUUGUUAAUGAGGAGUAAAAUAUAAAAAAUAAUAAUAAUAGCUGAAAAAACAUCAAAUAUUAAUAAUCAAUUAAAUUUGUUAGUACAGUAGGAGGACCCUCUAUAACGCGAGAUAUACGUUCUACCAGGGAUACUUGCAUAUUCUUGCAUCACCCUCGAUUAGGCUUGAUGUUUUUCUAGUCUUGGCUGAAGCUGCAGCUUGCUUUUUCCUCUUCUUUAUAUUAUUCGAUGCCUUCAUCUAUUCUUCCCUUUGCUCUUCCUUCUCGCAACUUUCGUGUUUUUACAACAUAGUACUUUUAAGUGUAUGUUCCAUAGGUUUCUCUUGUCACUUCAGAAACUAAACUGUUUCUGAACGCGGUUCCUCCGAUCGGGAGGAGGUGAUCAUAGCAUCCGUUAUCCUCCAUACAACAGACUUCGCUUCUAGCCUUUUGGGUGGAAAUCCUCAUCCAUCCAGGUUCUGCACUUGCAGUCUUUAUCGGGCAUCCCAGUCUCUCUGCGGAUGUGACGCGUCUACGCCGAGAGCCAAUCGAGAAGGGCACUGCCACUCGGGUCAGGCCAGAUAUCCCGAAUUGGAGAAGUGUAAAUGAGUAACACCACCCAUCUCGUUCCGCGUAGAGAAAGGUGGGAGAAAGAAAAUUAAGAAAAAGUAGUAAAAAGGAAAGCAGAAAAGGGCAAGAUUUCUCUUGAUGAGAUGGGAAUGAGAGAAAAUCAUGACGCAUCCCUAAGGUA